UUACAUGGUGGCUUGUCACACGAGAAGUACCACGCGCGAGCACGGUACUCGCGAAACAGAAAAGUGUGCAAGGAUCCAUCCUGCUUGCCCAAGUCACUGCCACUGUUGCUGUUCGCACAGGAUUUGCUGGCAAUUGACAGCAAUCGGCAACAACAACAAAACUGACAAAGUACUUCAUGCAAACACACAUCAGUUGUCUGACUUGUCGACUGGAAUAAAUUAUCAUCAAUACUGACAUCUACAACCGCCUGGAGGGUACUUUAAGAGCUUUAGGUCCCUAACCUGCCAACUUUGACGCAUCCUUCGCACUGCGCACGGCGCCAUAACCUCCUACAUCUAACCAUACCACUCCCUUACCCUUCUCUUCAAACUUACGUGAUGAACGCGUCGUGGGGUCGCCUUGCUCUGGCAGGACACCCAGACCCAGGCGUGGUGACACAACAUAAUUCAGGCAGCGAUGGGCGUCACCAGCAACCUAGAGCACAAGACGAUGCUGCUUCACUGUCUUCUGGUCGCGCCUGGCGAUUCGACUCGACCAGAUCUACACCAAGCUUCCGAACCACCACUCCGACUUCCUCAUUUCGAUCUUUCAACCGAGCAGGCAAUCUGAGCUAUGAAGAAUCAUGCUGCUCCGAGUACUCCACACCGGCGACCUCCUUUCGAGCCACAUCAUCCCGCUCAAAGCGAGCCCAUACUAUCCGUCAAAGCCAAAAUCGCGUGUCGUCGACAAGUCUUCGAGAGCCUGUCUGCUAUCGUGCCUACUCUCACGAUGAGCUCACCAACAGCAUACGAUUGAGACCUGAGGAACGGGAAGAGCUUCGGGCCAAACUGAGCACCAUGCGCGUCCGACCUGUCGGCUCAAAGGGCACUGAGGCUACCGGAUCGAUCAACGAAAAUCCUCGCGUUAUCCCUUACACAGGCAAGGGUGUCAAACAGGAUUCGUGGACCAGAACAGGACGCAAAAGAUUGGAAGUCUUCCAGUACACGUUCACGCGUGAGUCAGAUGGGCAAACCUUUACCGUGAUGUGGGACUACCAGGUCGGCUUGGUUCGCAUUCGUCCAUUCUUCGCAGCUGUGGAAGGUCACGACAGAAAGACCAAGCCUCUGUUCGCCAUCAAACAGAACCCAGGCCUGCAGGAUCUGUCGUACAACAUCACCGGCGGAGCCAUUGAUGCACAAGGAUACUGGAUGCCGUUCUCAUGCGCAAGAGCAUUGUGUGCCAAGUUCUGCUACGAAAUACGGUGGGCAUUAACUCCCAUAUUCGGGCCAGCUUUCAUCAGGGACUGCUAUCCAUUAUUUGAGGAUUAUAGGAUCGAAAACCAGAUCAUCGUCAACGCAACCAUCGCCCUUAGCAAUUGGGUACAGAAACCUGCACAAUCAUUAGAAUCGUCGACGUCUUUCAGCACCAGCUCCGGGUCAUCGGAUUACUCUGGUUGCGAUGAUGGGCAAGCUGACGACGAAUCGUCUGAGAUAAGCAAGCGUCUCAGUCCCAGCAACAUACAUCCCUCGCAUCCAGAUCACAAUGUGAAGUUGCGCUGCCCAAGCGCGAUGCCAGUUUACAAGCAGGCGCCUGGCACGCCUCUGUCCAGACCACGACGUCGUCGACAUGGCAGCAUGAGCACAGAGCGACUCUCUCCGGCAACAUCCAGUCAGGACGACCAGGAGAACACAGACAUGAAAUUCUCUGAGCUUUCCUCCAGAAAGCGCAAGGCACAUCAGCUCGAGCACAAUCGCAGAAAGCGAAGGUCAGCUCGAGAUAUUGAGCUAGAGGUCGCUCGGUUGUUGGGAGAGUUGGGCAAGAUCGAAUCAGAUACGCAAGAGGAUACGGAGAUCGAUGAUUGAAUGAACAUGAUGCUGAGCUAUAAUGUACUGUACUGUUUUUAUUUUGAGCUGAUGAGCAGACUGGGUUGCCUGUGGAUUGAUCAUGGCUUGAUUUCUGUAGACGCAGCCACCCGAAGCUGGAGUACUACAAGGAU